UCUUCUUAUCUAUCUUGAGAACAAAAGGAAAAAAGACGCCCCUUUUCUCAGCGACUUCAGUCGGUUUCAGGCGAGAAGAGAGAGAAAGAUGCAGAUAGAGAGUCCCAAGGGUAAGGCUAGGGUUUCGAAUUAUGGAUUCGCCUGAAAGCAAUCGGAUCGUCACUACUUCAUCCUCUCCCGCCGUUCAAGACUCCCCCUUCUUCAAUUACCUUAGCAAUCUGUCGCCUAUAAAGCCAGUCAAGACUGUUCAUGUUGCACAAGGAUUUUCAGAGCUUAAUUUUCCUGCUCCAGCACCUGUGUUUACCUCACCUCGUAUCAAUACUCAGCGAGAUGUUAGUUUUCUUAAGAGGCCCCAAUAUCCUCACCCAUCAAAGAUAGAGUUUUCUCAGCAUGAUGAUAGAACGAAGAUGCUUGCAGCAGGUUCACAUACUUCUGAACCACCUGUUACCCAAUCAAUGGUUGAUACAAUUGACUGUACUCAGAAUAAAUGUGAUAGUACCUACUCCCUGGAAGUCCAUCCAUGCAGUCCUUCAGAGUGCAUUGAUGAAUAUUUGGCCGAUCCUGUGGAUGUGGAUUCUGCAAAUUCUGCUGAUUCAGUAGAUUCAUGUUUGAAGCAAUCUAAUGAUGUGCCUCGAGAAAUACAGAGCCAUUGUACCAGCUCAAAAGAAACUAUCUUAAAGUCUAACAUUGAGAUUGAUGCAGGGAAAGAUACAGAUUCUAAAGUUUUGGCAUCACACACCUCAUUAGAGCAAGCUGGAGAAAACUUGCUAAGGAAGUCAUUAUUACCUCUUAAACUGGUUGCAGCUGAAGGAAAGCAAAAGGAUGGUGAAAAGCUGUUUCAUGAAUCUCUAUGUGUGAUACCUGAGAAAGUAAAUGGUUUUCUUCAGUCUGAUUUGCCUACAGAACCUGUUUCUGCUACACAGAAUGGUGAAAACUCAUCAGCAGAGCUUGUGACAGAUUAUUCCUUGCUAGAAUCAAAGAAAAAAGAGCAAGAAGUUGUGGGCAUUGAUAGGGAAAGGUCUGCUUUGUCUGCAAGUCUUUGUCACAAUAGACCACAAGAUGUUAAGUUGCAGAAUGCAGAGGUGGGGCAGCAAGAUGAAUGGAACUGUACUCCUCAGUUGCUACAUGAAUCAUUGCAGAUUGUGCAGGCAUGUGAAGGUCAUGAUGAGAACUCAGGAGCAAUAUCAAAUGGAUCUGAGAAUAGGAUAUCCCAUGAUUUUGAGGCAGCCAGUCAACACCAACGUGGCACCCUUAGGCGAUGUCUUCAAUUUGAGAUAGCUGAGGCUCAGAGGAACAUUCUUGGGACCAGCUGCUGUCAGAACACACAGAAUGUUAUUACGAAUCCAGGAUUACCUGCUAAUUCUAAAGACUCAGAGAUUUUGGUUUCAUCUCAUCAUGAACCAAGUACAACUUCUAGCAUCGGGAGACCAGUCAAUUUAUCCCAGCUUAUAUCUCCUAACUUGUCUAUUUGUGCAACUAAAAAUACAGAAGCUCACAUGGAGAAGGUUGAUAAACAUGUUCAAAAUAGUGAAAAUGCUCUCAUGAUUGCUCCUAAGCCAUCUGGUAUUGGCUUGCACCUAAAUAGCAUUGUUAAUUCUGUUGCAAUGGGCUCUGGUGCGACUGCGAGUGUGAAUUCCACUGAGAAAGAUCGUCCAAGUUUAUUAGGGAUGAAGUCACAGUCUGUUAUUAACUACCAUUUUCCUGAAGAUCCAAAUACCAGUUCUCAUUCCACAAGUACAGCUGAGAACUUUUCAUAUAAUAAUGAUGAUCGGCAAGAAAGCCAGGCAAUAGUGCUGGCAAGUACUGUCCAUACACAGUCUCCACGCAUUGUGAAGCCCAUGGGCAAUUUGAAGUCCAAGCUUAUUGAGCAUCAUACGACUCCAUGUGAUGCAAAAAGAUCUGCACCGGAAAAUGCUAAUAAACUUGAGGAGUUAAACCAACUUAGUCCCAAAAAGAAGAGGAAGAGGGUAUCAUACACUACCGAAAAUGUUGGCUGCAAACGUUGCAAUUGUAAGAGGUCAAAAUGCUUGAAACUUUAUUGUGAGUGCUUUGCAGCUGGAGUAUACUGUGCUGAACCUUGUGCAUGCCUAGAGUGCUUCAACAAGCCUGAAUAUGAAGAUACAGUUCUUAGUACCCGGCAACAAAUUGAAUCCCGUAACCCACUUGCUUUUGCUCCAAAGAUUGUAUGCCGUGUUACUGAGUUUCCAGCAAACAGUGGGGAAGAUAGUAAUAGGAUGACACCAUCCUCGGCCAGGCACAAAAGAGGAUGCAACUGUAAAAAGUCUCUGUGUCUGAAAAAGUAUUGUGAAUGUUUUCAGGCUGGUGUUGGAUGCUCUGAAGGAUGUCGAUGUGAGGGGUGCAAAAAUGUUUAUGGCAUGAAGGAAGAAAUUGUGUACAAAAGGGCUGAUGAAAGACGGGAGGAUGUAUCUGGUAAGAAGAUGGGUAUGGUGGAAACAAGAAGUGAGAUUUUACAUUCAGAGCAGUGUCAUCCACAGCACCUCUCACCCCUCACACCAUCAUUCCAGUGCUCCAACCAUGGAAAGGACAUUUUGAGAUCCCGACUUCCUGUUAGAAGAUAUCUCCCAUCACCAGAAUCUGAUACGACUGUUUUAUCAUCUUAUGGAAAGUCACCAUUAUCUCCAGUAGAUUCGAACAAUAAUGAGAGACAACAAAAAAUGAGUGUAGAAAUUGUAGAUAUGAUUUCUUAUGAUCAGGAUGUAGAUUGCUUGACAUCUGGGGAGAUGGAUCAAUUCUCUCCUAGAUGGGAUGGACUUGUAGACAUGUGCGAUCUCACUCCAAAGCCACAUCCUCCCUCAAGGGCUAUGGUAUCUUCAGCUUCAUCCAAUUCUAAAGACUGCAAAAAGGUUUUGAGAGCCCAAUUAUGUCAUAGAAAUGGCCGCUUAUCAGCAAUUAGUUCACUUCGGCAGAGUUCACCCAUCACUCCAGUUACACAGUUGGGUGGCUCGAAGUUUCCCCAAGAAUCUGAUUCUGAUAGUGCACUAUAUGGCAUCCUUGAAGAUGACACACCUGAUAUAUUAAAGGAUACUCCUACCCCCAUCAAGACAGUGAAAGCCAGCUCCCCAAAUCAGAAGCGAGUUUCUCCUCCUCACAGUCGCUUGCACGAGCUGAGAUCAAGCUCUUCGCCCGGCUUGAGAAGUGGGCGCAAGUUCAUAUUGCAGGCAGUGCCUUCCUUCCCUCCUCUCACCCCAUACAGUGAUCCUAAAAGUUGUAGCAGUGAGAAGUGAUUUCUGCAUAUAGAAAUGAGUGCCCUGUAGGUUUAUAUGGUGGUGGCAUGGAGAUGGUUGAACUCAGGAGAGCAUCAUUUGCAAUGAGGAACUGCAGUUUCAAUUUUCAAAGAAAGGUGGCAGGGUUGGGUGCCAACAGCGCUCAAACCUUGCCAUAUUUAUCUCCAAUGCUCCUGUGGUUGUUUCAAUGGGUACUGGGAACUCAUGGGCAUUUGUCCAGAAGUUUCUUGUGCAAUAUGGCUUUUAAGUGAUAAAUAGGUUGGUAAUGCAACUGCAUCAUGGGGUUGACCUUUUUUUUAAUUGUUUUUCCCUUCGGCGUUUAUAUCUUGAUUGGCUUUUGCCUUGCCGACCAGAGAUAGAUUCAUUCUUAAUUCUUAUGAAGUUGCUCCUGAUGCGUUGGGAGGCUAAAAUAAAAUUUCAUCUAAGCUCGAA